AAUUUCCACAGAAGUUCUUGCAUGCUCGCUGGAUGUGUCCUAGUACAAGUAAAACAUGAUUGAUUGAAGUACUUCAACGUAGAGAAUGGAUCGGCAAAGCUUAUAUUGUCCAAUAGUGGAAGUCAUAUUUAUAAUACGGAAGAGGGUCUCAAAUAAAGGAAGUGACAUAAUUGAAAUCUAUAGCAUAAUAAGAAAGUUCAGAUUCCGAAGUUAAAGUAUCUGCGAGCUAUAAGAGGUAAUGAUAACAAAACAUGAAUGCGUUCAAGACUGACUGUCUUUCCACUGUCUUAUUUCUGAGGCACUUCACAAGCUUUUGACAUCAAAUGGUCCAAAUCCAUCGCUAUUUAUCUUUGCUGAAAAUGACAAUGGGAAAUAACUGCUUCAAUGUUAUUGUCACCGAAGGUGCUCAGGAUCCCUUUAUGACUUCACACCUACCAAUGAUAAACUCACCUAACCCAUUUUUUGAGAGAGAUUAGGGCUAUGGACCACCAAGAAACCACCUAAGACUCAUCCAAAAACUGCAGAUGAAUCCCACAAAAGCAGUCACUUACACAAGCUCCUAGAACUGAGACUCAAACAGUGUACAACAUGAGUAAUAUUUUCAGAUUCGAGUUUCAUCAGAUAACUUUGGAUCUUUCAUUUGAGUUUAUCACCACAUCUAGAACCUAAUUGUGACAUCUGAGUAAGUAUUAUGUUUUAUUAUCCUAACCUACGUGGGAGGGGACAGUGACACAGACAGACAAGAAUUUUCUUUAGGAGACCAACUUGAUAUCUUUUCACGUGUCCCUGAAAGCGUUCCAGCCACCUCCUAAAUCAAUUUGUCUCGCACCUAGAUAUGCUCCAUCUAUCCUCUACUUUGAAUGUAUAGAUAUCCUGCAGUGAGAAAAUAAGAUAAACAAUUCAUCUUAUAGACAAAGCCUCUCCUAUCAACACUAUAAAUCAUAUGAUGGGUGACUCUGCAAUCAAACCUUCUGUUCAGAUUGUGAUAGGUCCAGCCGUCAACACCAGCACGCAUAGCCAAACCCACCAAAAUGACAACGGCAAACCAUCAAAGUCACAAAUCUUAACGCAACUUCAUGCAGGCUACUUCUCCAUAUGCAUUUCCCUCAGUGCACAAGCUCUAUUAUGGAAGAGUUUGAGUGAAAACAAGAUGGACUCACAAGCUCUCUGGCAUGCAUUUAAUGUACUACCUUCCAUUGCUUUUCUCCUGCUAUGGGGUCUCUCUGUAUCCAUUGCAGCUUCUCUAUCUUUUCUUUACAUUCUCAGGUGCUCCUUUCACUUUGAUCUAGUGAAGACCGAGUUCUUACAUCACAUAGGAGGGAACUACAUGUAUGCUCCUUGGAUUUCUUGGCUUCUCAUUCUUGAAUCUGCACCCAUGACUGUUCCUAGAUUUUUCUAUCAGGGUCUAUGCUGGAUACUUUCAGUUCCAAUAUUGGUGCUGGAUGUGAAACUCUAUGGACAAUGGUUUACAACCGAUAAACGGUUCCUGUCAGUGGUAGGAAACCCAGUAAGCCAGAUAUCAGUGAUAGGAAACUUAGUGGCUGCUCAAGUCAUGGCAGGGACGGGUUGGAAAGAGAGUGCAGUCUCAAUGUUCUCACUUGGAUUUGCACAUUACCUGAUUCUGUUUGUAACACUGUAUCAGCAUCUAACCAGUAGCAAUCGGUUUCCCACAGUGCAGAGGCCAGCGUACUUUCUGUUCUUUGCAGCUCCAAGCAUGGCAAGUCUAGCUUGGAAGUCCAUAUCAGGGAUUUUUGACACCCCAUCAAAGAUGCUAUUUUUUCUAUCUUUGUUCCUCUUUGUGUCUCUGGUAGGUUCCCAGCUGAUUCAGAUUCCACAUUUGAAUUGUAAAUGAUUUGUUUAUUCUUCCUCUUGCAUUGUAACAUGGUAAUCUCUCUGUCUCAAAACAGGCUUGCAGGCCAGCUCUCUUCAAGAAAU